GCUUGUGACGCAGCGGGCAGCAGCAGAUGUGGACGCUUUGCUGGACUUAUUCCUUUAUUUUGCUGUGAAGCUGCAGCUCGCGGUCCAAUGCCACGACGCCUGGUCCGACCGAAGCGGGUUCCUGUCCGGGUCUGAACCCUCUGCGUGUGUCCCCCCGUUAAGAUGUCGUCGCCGGAGCACGACGGAACCUUCAGUCAGCUCAAUAAGUUUGAGAAACUGUCGUGGAGGCCCUCCAUCCGCGACUCAGGUUCCAAGAAGCGAGCUCGGUGGCUUCAGGCUCGACGCAUCUUCUCCCCUUCCUGCCCAAACCUGCGGAUACCCAACAGGUUUCUGAGAGAAGGACACUGUGUGCCUCCGGCCCGCAGUGGACACCGCUGUGUUGCAGACAGCACCAACCUGUAUGUGUUUGGAGGAUACAACCCAGAUUUUGAGGAGGCAGGCGGGUCAGAGAAUGAAGACUACCCUCUUUUUAGGGAGCUUUGGCGGUUUCAUUUUGCCACAGCCACAUGGCAGCAGGUCCGCACGGAGGGCUACAUGCCAACGGAACUGGCUUCUAUGUCGGCUGUUUUACACGGCAACAACCUGCUCGUGUUUGGUGGCACUGGGAUUCCAUUUGGUGAGAACAACGGCAAUGACGUCCAUGUUUGCAACGUUCAGUACAAACGAUGGAACCUACUCAACUGCAGAGGGAAGAAACCCAACAAGAUCUAUGGACAGGCGAUGGUCAUCAUAAACGGCUACCUGUAUGUGUUUGGCGGGACGACGGGCUACCUUUACAGCACCGACCUGCACAGGCUGGACCUGACCACCAGAGAGUGGACCCACCUCAAACCCAACAACGCUCCCUCAGAUCUGCCCGAGGAGAGGUACAGACACGAGUUGGCUCAUGACGGACAGAGAAUAUACAUUUUAGGAGGUGGGACUUCCUGGACUUCGUAUCCACUGGACAAGAUUCACGCUUAUAACUUGGAGACAAAUUACUGGGAGGAAAUAGUCACUAAACCCCAAGAGAAAAUAGGAUUUCCUGCUGCCCGCCGAUGUCACAGUUGUGUGCAGGUGAAAGACGAGGUGUUUAUAUGUGGGGGUUAUAAUGGAGAGCUGAUCCUGUCUGACCUGUGGAAGAUCAACCUGCAGACUUUCCAGUGGACAAAGCUCCCUGCUGUAAUGCCAGAACCAGCCUACUUCCACUGUGCUGCCGUCACUCCAGCUGGCUGCAUGUACGUCCACGGCGGUGUCGUCAACAUGUCUGGGAACCGAAGGACCGGCUCUUUGUACAAAGUGUGGCUGGUGGUUCCCAGCCUGCUGGAACUGACCUGGGAGAAACUGCUGAAAACUGUCCCUCACUUAUCCCAGCUGUCCACCCUUCAGCUGCUCAACCUGGGACUGACGCACACAUUGAUUCAGCGGCUCAAAUAGAAACGAGCUAAAGACUGAAUGAAGCGGAACGUGACGGAGCAGCACUGACUCUGAGGUUGCUGAUAAGUAGGUCAAAAGAUGUCAGAUAGUUGUGAAAAUACUUUGAAUGCUUUUCUUUUGUUUUUUACUUUAGUCUGUGUGCUUUUUUUUUCUUUUUUUAAAGUUUCUCUGUAUGUGAACGUGUCAGACUUGCAUGCAUCCCUGAGAAGCCACACAUCGGUGUAGGCGGCAGACUUACUGUGUGCUGAUGCACUGCAGAAGCUUUAUGUGCUUUGCUCGUUAUUUACAUAGCGCAUGGCUUUUUCUUUUUUUUUUCGUGGAGUCUGAGACGGGAUAGUUAAACACUCCGACAACCACUUGUUGAAAGGCAAAAUGAAUGUUUGCUUCUGGUAGUAUAGUUUCCAUUUAGAGGCUGAGAUGCGCUAGUUUCACUGUUGCUGAAGCGACAACACGUCACCGUCUUUGACACACGAUCUGCUGCUACGCCUAAUGUGAUACAACGUUACUGUAGUUUCAAACAGGAUAAAUUUACUGCAAUUAAUGAAUUAGAAAGCAGCCAAAUUCUCAGAAAAACAUGAACACACAACUGUGCUACAUCUCAACAGUCUAAUUAGGCCAGUUAUUUAAGAUGUCACGUUUUAGCCUCAAGAACUUUCUGAUCGUGCGCUGAUAUUGGGAUGUAAUUCUAAUUCUGCUCUCACUUUUGAUCAGACAAAAACCCAGAAGCUCGUCUGAAACCCGUGUGACACGCCAUCACUGUGAAUCUUCUUGUGCCUCUUCAAUUACUCUUCCUCUUUUGUGAAAAAUGAAGUUACUUGUGACUUUCUACACCUGUAGCUCCACAGUGAUCCUCAAGCUUUUUCUUUCUUCAUUCGGUGCCUUCUGAAUUUCCCCAAAAAAUGUCAAAUACAUUGUUUUUUAUAUUUCUGCAGAUGAUGUCUUAUGAUUUUAGUAUGUUCAUUAGACUCUGAACUGUGUUCAUGUAGCUCCUUUUUUUUCCUGUGUGAUUUACCUGGUGCUCUCCACCUGAGCCUUUCUGCUCAUGAUUAAUCAGGAGAUACCUCCGUCAUUAACUUAAACCCACAGAGACAUUUGUAACUAUUUAUUUUGAAUCACUGUGCUGCUUUUUAAAAUUUUAUUACAAAUCUUUGAAUUGUACCUGAUCAUAUAUUAGUUUUGUGACUUUCAGUUCCCACUUUACUCCAUUUUAACCUUUUCUACUGUAACAUAGGCUAUAUUGUGUUACUUUUAUCUUUCAACUUUUGUUUUUCUACAGAAUGUUGCACUCUAGUGUUUUGGUACUUUGCAAGGAAUUUUAUAAAAGUAGUAACAAGGUAGAGAAUGUGAGGCGUCCUCAGGAUAUGAAAUACUGUGAUCAGUCUGAAGAGCUCCGCAGACGCCUGUCAUCGUCAAAACGUCAGCAGGGUCAGACAUUUAUGUAAAACCAGAUUUAAGGUACGACAGCAGGUUACUGUGGACUGUAAAUUCUAAAUCCUGUACCGAUGCUCCCAGCUGCUUGUAUCAAGACAUACAUUUGCCUUUUUUCCUCUGCUCUUCUGUGAGAUUCACAUUGAGCGUUUUUGUUUAACUAUGUUGGUACAAUAUUAAGCUAAACUCAUGUGAUGGUUAUUGUACUACGAUGCCCUUUUUUCACACCCCACCUCAGUUAGUUUUGACAUGUCAAGGCCUUAUUUAUAUCCUUUUUUUGAAGUAGUCUGCUUCACUGCUUGCUUGAACUUUGUGCAGCGGUGUGCAAAAGUUUGGGUCAAAAUUUCUGUUACUGUGACUCGUUAGGCAAGUAAAAGAUGACCUGAUGUCCAAGACAUAAAGUUAAA